GGCCCCCGGGACUCCCCGGCCGCUCGCGCUGCCCCGAUGAUGUUACCGAGCCCCGUCACUUCCACCCCGUUCUCUGUCAAAGACAUCCUCAACCUGGAGCAGCAGCAGCAGGACCCGCACUAUGGGGCCCAGCUCCCACACCACCUGGAGCACCACUUUCACCCCGCCGCCUGCCUGCUGGCGGCCGGCGACGGCGCCCGUUUCUCCGACGGCGAGGAGGAAGAGGAGGAGGAGAAGCUGUCCUACCUGAGCUCCGUGGCAACGCCCGGAGGCCAGGCGGACGCGCGGCUCUCCGCCGACAGCUACGUGCACGCCGUGCUGCGCGGCUCCUGCGAGGCUCCCGGCCCGGGAGAAGAUCUGGACCCCACGGCCCGCGACCCGAGUGAGUACCGCUGCGCUCUGAAGAAACCACUGGACGCCGCGGAGAAGCCGGAGGAGGCGGAGAGGCCGAAGCAGCGGAGUCGGAGGAAGCCGCGCGUUCUCUUCUCGCAGGCGCAGGUCUUCGAGCUGGAGCGGCGGUUCAAGCAGCAGCGUUACCUGUCGGCUCCCGAGCGGGAGCACCUGGCCAGCAGCCUGAAGCUCACCUCCACGCAGGUGAAGAUCUGGUUCCAGAACCGGCGCUACAAGUGCAAGCGGCAGCGGCAGGACAAGUCGCUGGAGCUGGGCGGCCCCGCGGCCCCGCCGCCGCCGCGCAGGGUGGCCGUGCCCGUGCUGGUCCGCGACGGCAAGCCGUGCCUGGGCGGCUCGCAGGGCUACAGCUCGGCGUACAACGGGCCCUACUCCUACAACGGCUUCCCCGCCUACGGUUACGGCAACGCCGCCUCCUACAACCCCGGCUACGGCUGCACCUACCCGGCAGGCAGCGGCGGGGCCUCGGUGCAAGCCGCCUGCAGCCCGGCGGCGGCCGCCGGCCCCUUCGUUAAUGUGGGCGGCCUGGGAGGCUUCGGUGGCGGCGGGCAGGCGCUGCACCAGGCGGCGGCGGGGCCCUCCUGCAGCCAGGGCGCACUGCAGGGCAUCCGGGCCUGGUAG